AUGCAUUUGUUGCUGAAGAAUGAGAAGGUCUUGAAGGCCUUCAGGGUCUUCGAGGAUCCUGAAAUUAUGGUAAUACCGAACUUUUUGAAUGAUGAUGAGAUGCAGCAUUUGCUCGACCUUGCAGAUGCCUACUGGGUACCCUCUACAGUCGGUUCUGGUGUCUACAAGACAAAUGACGAGUCCAAGGACUUGCAGAACAAACAAUCCAAGACCCGCACAUCCUACUCCUGCAUGCUUAGGUCUAGCCAGACGGAGACCGUACAGCGGAUCGAACACAGGCUAGCCCACCUUGCAGGGCUUGAGGUGAAAUACCUGGAGAGGCUGAACAUGGUUCGCUACUCCCCAGGGCAGCUCUUCAACAGGGUGGGACCCAGUUCUGAAGGGUAG